ACUUUUCUGUCGCUUAACUCUGGACACGUUUCCAACUCACGGACACACAGACACGCGGACACGUUGUCAUUGUUUCCCUCCUGUGGCAUUCGGUUCUGGUUCACUCUCGUCGACACAGACUCUCCGGACACUUCCCAGAGCCCCCCGCUCCUGGCCUCCCUCGUUCUGAGUUCCCCCAACGCCCUGGAGUGCUCCCUUCUCUCUGGGAACCACCUUUGCCGGGUUCGGGGCCUGGCUAAACCGCCUAGUGCUGAGCCCUUGGGGUCGGUCAGUUCUCUCCAAGCCACGUUUUCCUCAGUUGCGGAAGAGGGUUAAUCUCUCCCCGGCAGCUCAGGUAGGAUAUGUUGUAGGUACGAACCAGGCGCUAUUUGAGGGUCUUGAAAUAAGGCCAGUGAAGUGCUUGUGAGAAAAUCAGGAGUCCCCAUUAGCGUUUCUUACAGGUUAAGUUCCCACGGGGAGAACCAGGAAGGGAGAAAAGAAGUGAGGGCCGGGGCGUGUGUGGGGGGAGAAGCAGAGAAAGACAAAAAAAAAAAAAAAAGUAAGAAAAGACACGGAAGGCACUAAUGAAAAAGUAGGGAAGGGAGACUUGGAAAAUAGUAAAAUCUACCAAAAGCCCAUCCGGAGAAAGUUUUCCUCUUGGGUCGGUCGGGGCUGAAAAAGAAAGUAAACAGGAAAAAAGGUUUUAAAUUGAUUAUCCUGGUGACAAAUCCCAGGGAGCUUUCAAAUCAAAUUGCCCCAUUUUGGGUUUUUAAUUCCUUCUGUCAAGUUUAACCUCUUUACCUCCUACAUCCUGGUUAAACCGGCCUCAGUCCCCCACACCCCCCUCGCUGGUGAUUAAAUCCCGAAGGUGGACGCAGUCUUUCAGGGAGUGAAUGGCCCACAGAGCGAGCCCUCCCCCUCCCCCCAGCUGUGGUCUUCAGUUUUCUUUCACUUUCUGCCCUUUUCCCUUAAUGAACGCAGGGCUAAUCUUGGGCCCUGUCAAGGAAGAGGCUGCAGACCUUAAUGAGGUAGCUGCUGGAUUCCAAUAUUCAUCUCAUAAGGAGCCCUUCUUUGUCUGUGAAGGAAAAACACAUUAUGAUUAUCAUAAUGAGGCGAACCGGCGUCCGCAGGCAGGGACGGCCGGUGCUCAGGCCACGCUUCUAAUUCUGGUGCCGGAGUCCGGGUUUCAUUUGCUCCUCAUUUAAGUCUCUGCCUCUGUCCCAGCGUGGGGCCCAUCGAGCGGGCUUGAAAGUUGAAGGCUGCUUUGGGAAGUGGGCCGCAGAUAGGGCCGCUGUGCGGAAAGUUCCUUUGUCCGACCCGACUACAUACAGAUGUCACAGUGGUCCAGGCCCCUCUCGUCUCCUGGCUUCCUUCUUCCAGAAGCUGGGAAACGGGGGUGCGUGUUUCCUACUAAAGCACAGGCACCUGGCCUGUUUCAGGGCGCCCGGGUCAUUAGAAACUUCAUUAUCGGGUGGUUGAAAAAGUGCCACGUCCUACGUGCAGAAGCCGUGGAAUUAUCCCCAAGCCAACACGCACGGAAUGCCCCCAUCCUGGCCGAGAAAUAGAUGGAGAUUAGCACCCCAGAGGGCCCCCCCCAUGGAAUGGCACAGUUUGGGGUUCACACUUGGCUCCCAAAUACCGCCGAGAGUGAGCUUCAGAGGGCCAGCUGUUUGUCAGGGUCACUCAGCGAGCCAAGGGCACAGAGGGGGCCUAGAAGCAGUUAAGUCCCUGCUUUCAUAACCCCCCUGAAUCUCUCCCUCCCCCACGCGCCCUGUGCCUCCCUGGGAUGCACCCCGCUUCUGUCCUGAUUUGUACGCCCCAGAGCCCGUCAAUGUCUUUACAGUAGGUAUGCCCUUGAGCCUGAAACUUGCCCUUCUGUGUCCCAAGUUCUGGGCUUUUUCACCCUACGGGGGAUCCGUCAAGAUUCGAUCACUCCCAGUUCAUCACCAUCAGACCCUAGCCAGACUGUCCGCCAAAUGGAAAAAACAAAAAAACAAAAAACGGAGAAGGGAGGUGAUUAGAAGUAGGGCUUAGAAGGGGCUGGGAGGGGCUCAUAGUUACCUGUUGGCCAGAGAUUCUUUGGCCUCAUGGGUCAGAAUUAGCCCCUCUUUUCGAGUCCGCCAAACCAACUGUCACCUCCGGACUGAAGGAUGUCCAGGUGACCCAGAUGUCACCGGGACGAGGGGACUGGGAGUGGGUGGGCUUCAACUACACGCCCCCAAGUCAUUCAUAUUCCAGCAUUUGAGAACUGGGGUAGGAGUGGGGUGGGGGGAGGCAUUCGCCGACCAGGAUCUUAGGGGUUUGGUGCUCAUUCCCAUCACCCCGUGUGCCUGGCACAUGAUGAAACCAUCUCCCCUAACCCCUCUCCUGCUUGGGUUUCUCAGAAACUAGGCAGUCAGGCUGUCCUGAGGCCACCAGCCGAGGGGACUACGCUAAUUGCUCCCUUGAGCACGGAGGUGGCCCUUUUUAACUUGUCUCCUUGUUUCUCCGGACCCCCUGCACCCCACUCUUCUGGCCCCAGGGUCCAGCCUGGCUUCCUGUGGGAGCCCCCCCGGCUCCCAGACCGUGCUGGUCUCAGUGCCCCUCAGUGAAUCUGUCCCAGGGGCUCUGGAGUCCCAGGAAGAUGGGGCCUUCACCAGGUGGAAAACCAGAGAAGGCCAGGAGAUGUACCCCCACUGCCCACCCCCUGAUUCUCAGUGUCUGUGUUUCUGCUUUUCCUGCCCACCUCUGUUCUCUACUCCCCCCUCACCUCCCCCUGCCCCCCCCCCUCCAUCCCCGUCUCCGGAUCCAGUCCCCUGGGGGUGUCCUAGGCCCGCCCAUGUCUCCUCUGGGUGCCCUAGCUCCAGCCUGGCACAAAGUGGGGCUCAGUAAGAGUAUGUGGGACGUCUGUUUGGACAGGUGAGUCAGUGAAGGAACCGCCAUGCCUGUGUGACGCUAGGUGGGAGAAUUUGGGAGCCAAGGAGUUUUAGGUAAAAGGGUGGAGGCCGGGUUUCAUUUCUGUGAGGGGAGUGGGCGCCGCCCCACCCUCAGCCCCAUUUGAGCUGGGCCUUUCUGGUCUCACCCCUUCAUUCACUCAGGCGUCCAUCCCGUCAUCCAACAGUUGAUCCUUACUGAGCGAGCCCAUGGCCCGGCCCCGGCUUGGCCCCUGAGUCCCUUAGCUCGACCCUUGAUGGCCUCUGCCUCCCCGGAGGGCUGGCUGGGGGGGGGGGGGGGUUGCUUCGGCUGAGGGCGGCCUCGCCCUGUGUCAGGCACCGGAGCAGUGGCCUCCGGCUGUGUGGUGAAGGCAGGCAGGAGGGUGUGGGGGCAGUCCUGGUCUGCCGCCCUUUGGCCAGUUGGCCCCUGUGACCUUUACUUUAAACCCUGGAGGAGACUUGAACCUGCUCGACUCUGGGGCUCUGCCCCCCUCCCGUCCCCACUGCCUCCCACCCCCCGUCCCGUAGCUGAGUGCUGAUGGCUGCCCUGGACCCCCGCCCUGCGGCUCCGGACCCAGGGCUGCGAUGUGCGUGCCCUUCGGGCUGUGGCCACACAGGUCCCCCUCUGGAGUGGGGCUCCGCGAACUGGGCCUCUUCCUCCAUGACGCCUUCCUCCCCUGGGGCUAAAUCCAGCCCCUUUGCCACCCAGGCGCUGGCUGGUGGGGGUCCUGUCCCGUGCAGGGGACAGGUGACUGGGAGCCUCCAGGGAGCUCUGCAGCCUUCGUCUCUGUCUGCUUGUCUCUGCUCUGCUCUCCCUGGGGGCCACGUUGAGCCGCCUGGAGCUCUGUCGCCUGGCCUGACCCUCAUGCCCCCUCUCUCUGCUCCUGACUCUUGGCCUCGCUUGUCUAGCCGUCUGCCCAGCAGUUUGGUUUGCGCUGCGGAGCCCGCACCUGCGGUUACCCGGCCCUGCUCGCGGUCUCGGCUGCCUGCCCUUCUGUUGGGUCCAAACUCCCCACUCCCUCAGGACCCUCCCCCUGCCACCCCGAGUUUCCAGCCAGUCCCCAGUGCCCACGGGACCGUGCCCACGUACGCCACCUCCCCCAGACAUCCCCGGACGCUUCCUCCCAUGGGAUGGGGGGAGGUCAGAGCCACGUGGCCGCAGCCAGACUUCCGUCCUGCCCCUCACCCCCACGCCGCUGGUCAUGCCCCCCUGGGUGUCGGCCACAGCCUGCCCCUGUGAGCCCUGGGCUCUGCCGUGCUCCGGGCCUCACGCCCGGUCUGGGGGGCUGCCACCUAGGCCCGUGGCUUCUCGCACCUUCUUCCCACCGUUGCUCAUCUCCACGAGCCGCCACCUUCACCGAAAGCCGUGCUGCAGGCCCACGGGCCGCGGCCUGGCUGGUCGGCUGAAGAAGCAGACGGAAGAGGCAGGAGAAGCCCCCGGAGGAGCACCUCCCUGCACCCAGCCUGCCUUCCCGACGGCCCCUGGCACCUCGUGCCCAGCGCUGUGCCCCUCCCCUCCAUCCUGGUUCCGGUUGAAGCGCCGUCUGGAAUCCUCCACGAAGGGACCUCGACGUGCGACCCAGCACCCCUCGGCUUGCCAAUCGGCAGACUAGGAUGGAAGUGCCCUUGUGAGCUGGGGGGCCCUUCAAAGGGCCAAGGAAAAAACGCGGGCCGAGGGACCAGCCUCUCAAACGGGCUUCGAGCUCCAAUGACCUUCGCUCACCCCCUUGAAAUGUCUGGAAAACAGAAUGGGCAGAUUUUCUGUCUUCAAAGUUUCCGGCUAAAUCUCUUCAAGUUCUUUAUUGUUUGGGACUGAGACACUCAGCAAUGGUAAUGGGUAGUUGCUUUUGUAUUGGCCUUGAAAGGCCCAAAUAUUUUCAUAUUGCUGCGGACAAAGCCGUCUAUUUAGAACCGAACGCUGUGUCUGUCGUUUCCCACUGGGGAGACCGUGUACAACGUGUGUGUCUGUGUAUUCCAGGGUCUUGAAACAGGUUUGCCAUGGGGAUGCCCGUUCCCCGGGGGCCCGGGUUGGGGGGGGGGAGACUCGGAGAGGAGCCCAGGGGCCCUAACCGCAUACCUGUCCCUAUUUGUCUGGGACGUGAGUCCCGGGAGGGUCUGGCUGCACUAACAUCACUGUGCCUGUGUCUGCCAUGUGUAUGUGUUCAGGGCUGUGGGGUGUGCACACCUUGGUGAUCAGCUUGGUGGGAGGAAGCAGGAAGGUCUAAGAGACGUGGACGUUCUAUUUUUCUCAUUUUGGGUGGGGGGUCAUUUCACUGGUAUCUAUCACGUGGUCCAAGUAAGUGAAUGGAUGGCUGAAUGAAUGAAGGCACCUGGGAACGAGGAGACAAAUAAAUAGGUGAGGAAGUGAGCAAGCCAGGAUGAGAGCACAGUGAACACGAUCCCAUUCGAUGCCUGGGAGGUUGAUACAUGAAUCAAUAAAAUAUUGAAUCGCCAUGUAAA